UACUAUUCAUGAAAACUUAAUCUUUCCUGAAUACAUGAUUUUAUAUAAAUAUUGGGUCAUCAUUAUUACAUCGAAAAUAUCAGAAACUUGGAUCAUAAAGUUGAUUGAUGGCAUCAUCGAAUUUGAUCAAAAGUUGACAUCAUCACUUCCAACGUACUUUAAAGUUCAAAAACGUAAAUUUAGUAUAUAUUAUUGGAAUAAAAUAUUUAUUUCUACAUCUUUGUAUUACAUAGCACUUACAUUUUUGUACCUGUACUUAUGGCCUGUAAAGAUUAUGGAUAUUACAACCUUCGUUUUAUAUUUUAUUCGUGUGUCUUUUAUCAUAGACUUCACAUUGAUUGUUUCUUCGUAUUUUUACUUACGAAACUUGGAGAACAGAUUCGAAACAUUGAAUGAUUUAUGGAGAUGCCUUCCAGAAGGAUUGUUGGCUGUUCCUGAUGAAUGUUCAGAAUAUGAUAUAGUAAUUAUGGUGGAUAACAUACGAACGUUACACGCUGUUCUAUCUGACAUAUUAAGAAUAUUCAGUAGGGGUUACGGACAAAUGCUUUUAGCCUACUUUGUACUCACUUACAUUGAUACGUUGUGUAAUAUAUUUUAUAUAGUAUGCUUUAAAUAUUCGUCAGAAGAUCAUCAAACACUGAAAAAAGUCCUAAAAGAAACUGUUCCAUUCAUCUUAAGUUUAAAAAAUAUAAUUUUUACUAUGUCCAUUAUUACUGCUGCCUCACGAGUAAAUGAUAAGAAAAGACACAUAAUAUCCUACUUACGAUUAACCAAGAUUUCAAAAUUAUCAGUUGCCUUAAAAAUCCAGGUUAAAAUGUUUAUGAAUCAAAUAUCAGUUUUUGAAUCAGAUGAAAUGACAGCUUUUGGAAUUUUCAGUAUUAAUAUGAAUUUAGUUAUAUCAAUUAUAAUAUUACUUAUUUCUGGAAUAUCAACAAUGAUACAAAUGAAAGAGCACCCAAUGGUAUUGCAAACAAUUAAUACUACAAGAAUUUUAUACCAGAAAUGGAAUAUAUCAGUGUAGUGUUCUACAAUGUAUCAAAUCCAGCAUUGUAAUAUGUAGCAAUUUUUAUUGGUUCAUAGGUAUCAAUCUCUAUUAUUUUUUUUUUCUAAGCGUAUAUAAUACUGACUUUGUACUACACAAUUUUUUUUUUAUAUUAAUGACACUUAAAAAGAAAUAGGGCUAAGUUGAAAAUACAUCAUUAAAAAUUUCAACUUAAUUUUUCUUACACACUUUUUUUUAUUUUGUAUUACUCAUUAGUAUUCUCUGAUUGCAAAU